AAAACAAAAAUUACUUCACACAUGACGACAAAUGAAAUAACUUUAUCAAUUGAAGGUCAGAAUAUUUGUAUUUUAAUCAGUUAACUUGGCCCAUAGUGCACUCACGAUUGUGAGCGACUAUUCAUUUUAUCAGUAUUGGCCAUGGCGUCCACAAUGUUAAAACUUCUGAAAUCUGAAUCUCAAGUACUGCUACGUAGAAACUAUAGUAGCUCAGCUCCAACAACAAAGCUCUACAUAGAUGGGCAGUUUAUAGACUCAAAGACAAGCAAUUGGAUUGAGCUCACUAACCCAGCCACUAAUGAAGUCAUUGGCAGAGUUCCAGAGACAACACAACAGGAACUAAAUGAUGCUCUGGAUGCGGCUAAAACGGCAUAUAAAACAUGGAGCCAAAGUACAAUCCUCACCCGGCAGCAGCUUAUGUUCAAAUACGCGAGAUUGCUGCGAGAGAAUCAAUCCAAACUAGCAGCAAAAAUUACAGAGGAGCAAGGCAAGACAAUAGCAGAUGCAGAAGGCGAUGUUUUACGAGGAAUUCAGUUAGUUGAGCACUGUUGCAGUAUUACUACCCUACAGCUGGGUGACUCCAUCCAGAAUAUUGCCAAAGAUAUGGAUACACACAGCUACAAAGUACCUUUAGGUGUAGUUGGCGGUGUUGCAGCAUUCAACUUUCCCGUGAUGAUCCCAUUGUGGAUGAUUCCACCUGCUCUUGUGACUGGCAACACAUGUAUUAUUAAACCCUCGGAACAGGAUCCUGGAGCCACUUUGAUGCUGAUGGAACUAUUGCAAGAGGCUGGAGCACCGCGUGGUGUUGUGAACGCAAUCCACGGCACUCAUGAUCCGGUGAACUUCAUCUGUGAUCAACCGGAUAUUAAAGCAGUGUCAUUUGUAGGCGGCGAUGCUGCCGGCAAACAUAUCUACAAGAGAGCGUCCGCUGCAGGCAAGCGCGUCCAAAGUAACAUGGGUGCUAAGAACCACGGUGUAAUUAUGCCGGAUGCCAACAAAGAACACACGCUCAAUCAGCUGGCUGGAGCUGCUUUCGGAGCCGCCGGACAACGCUGCAUGGCUCUCAGCACUGCUGUAUUUGUUGGUGAGGCCAAGCAAUGGAUCCCAGACUUGGUAGAACGAGCGAAAGGUUUGAAGGUAAACGCUGGCCACGUUCCUGGAACUGAUGUCGGUCCUGUCAUCUCUAUCAGGGCUAAGGAAAGAAUUCUCCGCCUCAUUGAAUCAGGAAUCAAAGAGGGUGCUAAAUUACCACUCGACGGCCGAGGCAUCAAAGUAUCAGGUUUUGAGAAGGGCAACUUUGUUGGACCGACCAUACUCACUGAAGUGACACCUAGCAUGGAAUGUUAUAAAGAAGAAAUCUUUGGCCCCGUCCUUGUAUGCUUGUUUGUAGACACAUUAGACAAGGCUAUUCAGAUGAUCAAUUCGAAUCCAUAUGGUAACGGAACGGCAGUAUUCACUACCAAUGGCGCCACAGCAAGGAAAUUCGUCUCGGAGAUUGAUGUAGGUCAAGUUGGUGUCAACGUACCUAUUCCGGUUCCAUUAUCCAUGUUCUCUUUCUCCGGAACCAGGGGAAGCUUCCUCGGUACUAACCACUUCUGUGGGAAACAGGGUAUUGACUUCUUCACAGAACUGAAGACUGUAGUUUCUCUCUGGAGACAAAGCGAUGUAUCUCAUACUAGAGCUGCCGUAUCUAUGCCCACACAACAGUAAAAUAUACCUUAUAUAUUUUUAAGAUUUAUUUAACGAAACUCAAUAUAGGUAUUUUUUUUAUUAAUAGACGCAAAUAUAAGCAUAUACUGUUUUAGUAUUUAAAUUAGUGACAUUCAAUAUUGUGUUUUAAAUUUUAAAAUGCCAUGUCUUCCAAAAGUACCUGUAAAUAUAUUU